AUGUCCAAGACCACUCUAGCUAUCAUCGCCGGCAUUUCAGCGGCCACAGGCGCUGCAGCAACAGCAGCGAUCUUCUUAUCGCCCUCAGAACGCAAGCUCCCUCCAACCGUACCGUCAGAUACUCCAACGCCCACCUCGACCGCAGCGCCAGCGCCAGUGCCAGUGCCAGUGCCAUCUUAUCCUCGCCCAUUGAAGGAUAUAGCUCCUCCCGUGAACCCCAAUGGCCUCUUUCAGUAUGGCUUCCCCGGCCCAGUCAACGACCUUCACCCCACACUCUCCACAACCUCCGUCUUUGACCGCCGCACGCGUAACCCCGCCUGGGUAGCCGAACACAUAACGCCCACCUCGCUCUCUGCCAACAACGCCGAUCGCAAGCACUCUUACUUUGCUGAAGAUGAAGCCAUUCCUGCCAUAUUCCGCGCCAAGCUCGACGAUUAUCGCCGCUCUGGCUACGACAGAGGUCAUCAGGUGCCGGCUGCGGAUGCAAAGUGGAGUCAGGAUGCUUUAGAUCAGACGUUCCUACUGAGCAACAUGUGUCCGCAAGUGGGCGACGGCUUCAACAGGGAUUACUGGGCGCACUUGGAGGACUUCUGCCGGAGGCUAACGAACAAUUAUCCAAGUGUGCGGAUCGUGACUGGUCCGCUCUACCUGCCCAAGAGAUCUCCUGAAGAUGGAAAAUGGAAGGUCUCAUACGAGGUCAUCGGCAACCCUCCUAAUGUUUCGGUCCCUACGCAUUUCUACAAGGUCAUCUUUGCAGAGGAUGGAAAGACUGGAGGAAACGUUAGCCUAGGGGCUUUCGUCUUGCCCAACGCGCCCAUCGCAAACGACAAGCCGUUGACCGACUUUGAGGUGCCAGUCGAAGCCGUUGAGAGGGCGAGUGGAUUGCAAUUCGCCUCAAAGCUGCCCUUGCAGAGAAGGCGCAAGCUUUGUCAAGAGGUCCAUUGCACCAUCAUAGCACGUGAAUAUGCUGAGAGACAAAAGAACUUGAUGGGAAAAGCGCCAGGCAAAAGGUUGCUAGGUGAAGAUAGAUGA